AUGUCUGAAACGGGGCGGUUUCCGAGGCCUCCUGCUUCGGAAGGAUCUAGAUCUCCUGAGGCUCACCCGCUUGUCUUGGAGUCAGAGCUUGCGCCCGCUUUCUCGCUCAGCAACUCACCCAACAAUCUAGAGACUAGGAUCGGAUCUAAGGUGAAUGUGACAGAGGCUCUUACUGGUUCUGUAGACUGUCUGCGGCCUCAGGACCCCUCGGAUGAUCGGGGGAACAUUGCUGGACCGCCUUCUCGCUUUGGUCUCGGUCUCGGUCCUACUCAGGCUGCACCGGACCUUGAAGGUGACGAGCUGUUGGACCUGUUCUCGGUGCUUGGCCUAGAUGAGGACCAGAAGUGGUCGAGUUUUAAGCGCGCUGAUGACUCAGGCGUGGUUUUCUCUUCUGAUCCGUCCGAAGGAGAUGCACGGUGGACCUCCGCCAAAGCGGGUCGGGUUGGGCGCAAACGUGGUGAUACCAUCCGGGCAUCCGACUACACGAAACCUUCUGCGCUAGUUACAUCGGGUUCUCUUGACUGUGCUUCUACUUCGGGCUCCUCUGGUUCUCGAAGGCUCCCCACGAGGCGUACUCGCUCUGGGACUGUCACUCAGGCUAGCUCUAGCUCUUCAAGCACGCGGCGCAAACACGAAGGCUGGCCAACCAUUAGAAUGCGGACGAAUCCGGAACCUCUUCGUGCCGACGAGAACGAGGAUGACGAACUUCUAUUGAAAGACGGGGACGUCAUUGAAUGA